AUGAUUAAAAGGAACGGUGAUAAUGUAUUUGCGAUCGCGUCGAGCAACAAUCAGUGUCAAGGCGGUCGGUCGCCCGUCUCACUCUGUCCUAGCGGCGGCGCGGCCACGAGGAUCCCGCGCGCCACUGCCGCCAGGAUGACGCCGCCCGACGCGCAACCACACACCAAGGAGGCUAACAUCGCUCUCUCGACUUACGUGGAAAAAUGGAAAAAUAGAUACGAGGACGCAGAGCGCAAACACAAAACUUAUUUACUAAAAUCCGAAAAAGCUAAACGAGAAUAUGACGAUCUCCAGCGACGAUAUAACAUUCUCUCUGAGGAGAGGAACCACUUGGACUCGGAGCUCAGAGAGAGAGAAAGGGAACUUCGAAAGCUGCGAGAUGUGUCCGAGAAGCUGUUCAAGGAGUAUCAGCAGCUUAAGAACCAGCAUGAAGUGGACGCCGGCGUUAUGCACAAGGUGAUGCAACAGGCAGGAGAAUGGUACAAACAGAACAAACAACUGAAGCGGCGAAGUACAGCUCUGAUGCUGGCGCUGCCCACCAAAGCCAUGGAGAUUGAUCUCACUGACUCUAUGGAUACAGCUUCAGACACAAGCAGUAACGAAGAGGUGGAAUUCUUGAAGCAGACAGUGGCGGACCUGAGCCAGCAGAUAGCUUCACUGCAGACAGAGCUCAAUCAAGCUAAACUGCACGAGUUUGAAGCACAUGAAGCUAAUGUUGCUAUUGGACAGGAAUUAGAAGCGGAGAAAGAGAAGUCUGCAGGACAAGAGAAAGAGUUGCAAGAGUUAAGAGUACAAUUGGAGAGACACAAUAGGGUAUCCAAACUGUUGAUGGAAGAAGUGACAGCGCUCAAAGAUAACGCUGAUAAAGACAGAGAGAUGGCAGAAACGUACAAGACGGAGGCGCGCGCGGCCAAGAAGCGCGUGGUGCUGCUCACGCACCAGAGCGCGCUGCUCGCCGGGGAACUGCUCGGCGACACCUCGCCCGACCAGCGCCUCGACCGCCUGCUGCACCACGUCGACCUGCUCAAGGGCGCGCUCGAGGACCAGGCGCUGCGCCACCGCGACCAGCUGCACGACCUGCAGCUCAAAUUGGCAGAAAAACACGAAGACACCGACAUUCUUCUCUGGGAGGAGAAAAUUAAACUAGCAGAAGAGGACGCUCAGAAGGCUCUCGAACGCGCUGAAAAGGCUGAAAGAAGAGUCGCAGAGCUGGAGAGGAGUCGACCCCCACAGAGAAAAUCUAAUCUUAUGUCGAAGAUCAGUUACUUUGAGAACGGUGGAAAUGAGAAAAAAGAGGAAAAAGUGGAGACGUUACAAGUUUCACAGGAAAUCAAAGAAAUUGCUGCUCCACCCUCGGAACCACAACAGCAAGCUCCUCCAGCGCCUCCAGCACCUCCACCGCCUCCAGUACCUUCUUCUCAACCUCCAUCAACCUCAUCUCAACCCGCUUGUGCUCCUCCCCCUCCACCUCCGCCACCAUGCAUGCCCCCUCCGCCGCCACCUCCUCCCCCACCGCCUGCAGCGUUUGACCCCUCGGGAUGCGAUGACAUGGCCAGCAUGUUGGCCAACAAGCAGGGAACGCUGAAGAGGAGUAAACAAGGUGACCAGAAUGGAGCGGGCGGUGCAAUAGACGCGAUAGUAGACCAAAUCAAAGGAGGCAAAUUCCACCUCAAAUCCACCGAACAGAAGUUCACCGACAAGAAGACGAAAAAGCAGGAUGAACAACCAGAAGCUGUGAAAGAGAUGCUCGCCAUACUCGGGACCUUGAGGAAGAGACGGACCUCUGUUCGGUCAGACUUUGUAGACUCAGAGUAA